AUGCCUCCCAAGAAGCAGGUGGAGGAGAAGAAGAUCCUCCUGGGCCGGCCAGGUAACAACCUGAAGAGCGGCAUCGUCGGCCUGGCGAACGUUGGAAAGUCCACUCUGUUCCAAGCCAUUACGAAAUCCAAUCUCGGUAACCCGGCUAACUUCCCUUACGCCACCAUUGACCCGGAGGAAGCACGCGUCAUCGUCCCCGAUGAGCGGUUCGACUGGCUGUGCGAGAAGUACCAGCCCAAGUCGCGGGUGCCCGCCAACUUGACGGUCUAUGACAUUGCCGGCCUGACGCGGGGCGCGUCUACCGGAGCUGGUCUCGGCAAUGCCUUCCUGUCACACAUCCGCGCCGUCGAUGCCAUCUUCCAGGUUGUCCGGUGCUUUGACGACGCUGAGAUUAUCCACGUCGAGGGCGACGUCAACCCGGUCCGUGACUUGGAUAUCAUCAGCGAAGAGCUGCGGUUGAAAGACAUCGAGUUUGUCGAGAAGGCGCUGGAGAACCAGAAGAAGAAGACUCGCUCGGGCGGGAACAGCCUGGAGAUGAAGAAGCUGAAGCAAGAAGAAGCUACCAUUGAGAAGAUUCUUCAAUGGCUUAAGGAUGGCAAGGAUGUCCGGAAGGGCCACUGGGACCCUAAGGAGAUCGAGGUCAUUAACCCUCUCUUCCUCCUGACGGCCAAGCCAGUGGUCUAUCUCGUCAACCUCUCAGAGAAGGAUUUCGUCCGCAGGAAGAACAAGCACCUUCCCAAGAUUGCGGAAUGGGUCAAGGAGCACGCCGAGGGCGAUCCCCUCAUUCCCAUUUCCGUGGCCUACGAGGAACGGUUGACACGGUUCGAAACGGAGGAGGAGGCCAAGGCCGAGCAGAAGAGCGUCGGCGCCGAGUCUGCUCUGCCCAAGCUCAUCAUACAGAUGCGCAAGACCCUCAACUUGGGCAGCUUCUUCACGACAGGUGCCGACGAGGUACGGCAAUGGACCAUCCGGAACGGCACGAAGGCGCCCCAGGCCGCGGGCGUCAUUCAUACCGAUUUCGAGAAGACGUUCAUCCAGGCCAUCGUAUUCCCGUAUGAUAUCCUGAAGGAGCUUGGCGACGAGUCGGAGGUCAAGGCCAAGGGCAAGAUGAUGACCAAGGGCAAGGACUAUGUGGUACAAGAUGGCGAUAUCCUGCUCAUCAAGGCGGGUGCGGCCAAGGCUUAA